UUUGCAGCAGACGACGCGACAUCGGUAGGGCAACUUUCGGCCACAAUUUUCCAGAUAAAUUAUGUAUUUUAGAAGGGAAAACACACACUCAAGUACUCCUUGAAGUCGAAAUUACAUGCCAUGGGUAUGGAAGAAGAAAUUGUUCCAAAAGCUUCGUCGAAAAAGCAAGGAGGGCUAAAGGGUCUUUUCAACAAAGACAAAGACAAGGGUCGUGCCCCCAAUCGAGGCUCCCAGGAAAAUCCUGUGCAGUUGCAGCAUCACAGCAUGCCGGAAAAUCGGCGAGCUUUAAAGACUGCCGAGUUCACUCCACCUGAGUACAAGGUUGAUCCACAGCUACUUAUCGAUAGCUUCAUUGAAAUCGCAAUCAAGUUUCUAGGCAUUAUACCCAAGGUGUCCUAUGGCCUGGAUCCAACAAAGAGAACUGAGCUGCUUCGAAUCAUUGAUAAAGCCAAGAAACAAGGCUUGCUUCCAUGGAGCACCAGAGAGACCAAGUAUGAUGCAAUCUUAUCCGUAUCAGCCAGACAGAUGAAAAUAGUCAGGAGAGAUGGUGAGGAGACGUUAGUGAGGCUUCCUAUCCAUGACAUUGCUGCAGUGAGUUACAUCAGAGACGACGGUCAGCACCUAGUCGUUUUCAAAAUCGCAAGCGACAGCCAGCAGGAGGAAUGUAAGCUGGUUGUGUGUGAGUGUCACUCGAAGGAAGGUGCAGAUGGAGUAUGCGCACUGUCACAACAAAUCUUCUACCUAGUUUACACUGAACUCACAAUGAAAUACUUUGAUCAAAGUAUCAUAAGGGCAGCGAGGAACACAUCUCUAGGCAGUAUGUCAAGAAGUGUUGCGAGUAGAACACCGUUGGAUUUAGAUGUCUUCCAACCUCCAUCGCCUGACCCAAGCUCACCCGCAAUGAGGCAAAGCAACAGCAUGGAUGAUCUCAGUGUGACAGCCAAGUUCCUGCUACAGGAGUAUAUAGAAGUGCUUCGAAGUAAACUAACAUCCGAUGAGCUGCAACAAUUCGCAUUGAUUCUGCGUGACUACAGACAGACGGGGUCCAUCAAGGAUUUCUGUAAAAAGCUUCAAACCCUCUAUGGACCGGAACGGAAGCUCCUCUUCCCAGGGAUGAGGCCCUACAUCCCGGAGAAGGAUAUCGACUAUUUUGAAAACGUCUUGGAGCGAAUGGGUGUCCAAGACGUCGCAGCCAACAGCUACUACUACACGAGUCCGCAACGCUCACGACGCACCAACAGCGAGGCUUCGUCAUCCAUCGGUGGAUUCGACAUGGGCUUGUACAGCCACUCCAUCAUGUCGGAGAGAGACGAGCUAGAUCGAGCUUUACAAGAUAUCUCUAAAGAGGUGGAACACCUGGAAACAAGCGUUGACUCGUGAGUUAUGACUCAAGAGUUAUGAUGACUCACAUAUAAGAGACCCAAAGACACAUGUGAGUUUUUUACUCUGUUGGUUACUGUUUGGUUAUUGUUUGCAGUUCAUUUGUUGGACGAAGGAAUAGAGCGUUGAACUCACGAGUUUAAGACUCCAAUGGCCUGAUGACAGAAUGAGUUUUUACUACUCUUAAAAUUUGAGUCUGUACUACUUAUUGGAUAACAAGGUCACACAGCUGUAUACGUCUGAUGUAAUAUUAAUCGCAGCGUAUUGGUGUAUUCAGGAACAUUUAGAAACGAGCAUUGGCUCACGAUAAGACUACUUACGAGCGUUGACAAGAAAAUGAGUGAUACUCUUUGUGUGUUGAUCUCAGUGUAUUUGUUGGAUGAUAGAACACCUAGAAACUCACAAGACCUGAUGAGUUUUCACUUUUUGAUGAGGUUAUACUCACUGAGUUGUAUAUAAGUGAUAUUGUUUGCAGUAUAUUUGUCAAGAAAGUGGAGACCUAGAGUAGAAACUCGUAAGCGAUAUUAUGUGAGUAUAUUUUGAGAAUACGGAUUACUCAGGCGGAUUACUCAGUCGCUCCAAAGUUGUGACGAACGGACGAUCUAUUCGCAAGAAACUCGUAAUGAUACCGAGCGUUGAAAUUUGGCUCACACUGGAUUUCUGAUCGGAUUUGCGCAGUCGUCGUCUGAGUGAUGCUUACAAUGUACAGGGAUUCAACUCCGGAAAUAACUCAUAUAGUUACUCAAUUACUCAGUCCCCCCAACAGAGAUAAUCAGGGUCUAAUAUUAUAGUGCUGCUUAAAUACACAGGACACUAUUGGUAAUUGUCAAAGACCAGUCUUCUCACUUGGUGUAUCUCAACAUAUGCAUAAUAUUACA